UGGCUGUUUUGACGUUUACUGACCGGAAGUUGGUUUCACGUGACGAGGCAUCCUAUUCGAAGACGCCAUUCAUGUUGAUGUUUGCCUUGUGCUCCAUUUAACUGCUUUCGUUGUUUGUUGCUGCUUCUUGUUAUUUCGUUGCUGCUGUUCCAUUUUGUUAUUGUUUCUUGUUAUUGUUUAGUUUGUUUUAGUAAACAUGAGUGAUUCCCAAGAAACGCUCUAUAAGUGUGAGGAAUGCAGUUCAGAGUUUAAAAUGCGAAAGAACCUCUACGCCCAUAUGAGGAAAGUUCAUGAACUUGAUAUCCAUGUGUCUAAAAAAGGAAAAGGCAGUGAAUUGUGUCCCCAGUGCGGAAUUGCAUUUAUGAGAUGCAGUUCAUUAAAACGUCAUCAAAUAACUGUGCAUGGCAUGAAGUCGGAGGAAAACAGUCGGAAAUGCCGCAUUAUUUGCCCACAGUGCUCUCUCUCGUUUCUCACCUAUGACACACUGAGAACACAUAUUCAAGAGAACCAUGACGUUAGUUUUGAGUGCCAGGAGAUAGAAUUUGGUUGUCUUGCAGACUUUGAAGAGUGGAAAAUUUCUUACGAAAAAGUAAACCAUGUUCGUUAUGUAAUGAAUUGUUCGGAGCAGGAGCGACUAGAAAAACGUUUUCGAUAUUACCACUGCCAUCGCUCUUUCAAUUUCAAUUCUAAAGGAACAGGUGCCAGGUGUGUCAAAAGUAUGGGCACGAAUAAAAUAGGCAGUACUUGUCCAUCCAACAUGCAAGUGACAAUAACAGAGGACAAAUGCUGCUUAAAAUUUUUUCCAAAACAUAUGGGACACACCCAAGAUGUUGGAAGAACAUUUCUGCAUAGGAACGAGAGGGCAGAAUUGGCAGGACGGCUGUCACAGGGUGUUCCUGUUGGACGAGUUUUACAAGAUGUCCGAAGUGCACCAAUCGCUGCAAGUGUGGAGAGAAUCCAUCUCCUUGAGAAAAAAGAUUUGCAUAAUAUAAAAAGGGAUUUUGAUAUUGGUUAUGCAACGAAGAAGCAUGAAAAUGAUGCAGUGAGUGUGAAAUUGUGGGUUGAAGAAAUGAAGAGACAAAGUGACAACCCAGUACUGUAUUUCAAGCAGCAAAAACAAGUGGAUCCUAAUUUUCAAGAUGAAGACUUCAUUCUUAUUAUAAUGACAGACUUUCAGGCCGAACAACUUCUAAAGUAUGGAGAAGAUAAAAUAUGUGUGGAUGGCACUCAUGGCAUGACUGCAUAUGAUUUUCAACUUUUUACUAUUGUUGUUGUUGAUAGAUAUGGUGCUGGAAUGCCAGUUGCAUUUUGUUUUUCAAAUAGGGGAGACAUGUGCUUACUGUCUUUUUAUUUCAAAUGUGUGAGAGAAAGGGUGGGCACUGUAAAGACCAAUGUGUUUAUGUCUGACGAUGCACCAGCAUUUUAUAAUGCAUGGUCAGCAGUAAUGGGACCUGUGCCAAACCAGUUGCUGUGUUCUUGGCAUAUACAACGGAACUGGUCUCAGAAUUUAAGGAGAAUUUCUGGGGGUAGUGAGAAAAAAUCAGCAGUGUUUAGUUCACUAAAGCGACUUCAGACGGAACUGGAUAUAGAUGUUUUUAGUUGUAGUCUGGAGAAAGUGGUGGAAGACCUAAUAAAUGAUCCGGAUACUGCAGAAUUUGGCAGUGCAGACAAUGAAUAUGUAUCAGCAUUGCUUUCUGGCAAUUCAGAAAAAUCUGCUGACACAUUUGAACAGGAUGUGAUGUCUCACUGUGAAACUAUAGUUGCACUCAGCAAAGGAACACAGUGUGGACAGGAGACUAAGGCCAAAGUAUUGAAGGAUCUGAAGAAGAUCAUUGGCAAUCUUAAUAAAGAUUUUUCUUUCUCACAAGAAAACACAGUAAAUGUGAAUGCCAAGAUUGAAUCUCAGGGGCUUUUGGUGGAAAUGACACACCACCAGCAGCAUGAUGUCCUCGAGAGUCGCAAAGAGGGGGUGUGGGGUGGGAACAAGAAGACGACAAGUUGCUAUUCUAUUGGGUCUUCACAAUACAAGGCUGCAAUUUUUAUUUGCCCAUCAACUGGGCUUUUGGUGGAAAUGACACACCACCAGCAGCAUGAUGUCCACAAGAGUGUCAACGAGGGGGUGGGGGGGCCGGGGAACAAGAAGACGACAAGUUGUUAUUCUAUUGCAGUGUGGUCACAUUACAAGGCUGCAAUUUUUAUAUGCCCAUCAACUGGGCUUUUGGUGGAAAUGACACACCACCAGCAGCAUGAUGUCCUCAAGAGUGUCAACGAGGGGCUGGGGGGGCCCGGGAAACAAGAAGACGACAAGUUGUUAUUCUAUUGGGUGUUCACAUUACAAGGCUGCAAUUUUUAUAUGCUGAUCAACUGGGCUUUUUGUGGAAAUGACACACCACCAGCAACAGAUGUCCUCAAGAAUGUCAUCGAGGGGUUGGGGGGGUCCGGGGAACAAGAAGACGACAAGUUGUUAUUCUAUUGGGUGUUCACAUUACAAGGCUGCAAUUUUUAUAUGCCCAUCAACUGGGCUUUUGGUGGAAAUGACACACCACCAGCAGCAUGA